UUAAGUAUGAUGUCACGUGACGCUAAGUUUACAAAACUUCCUCAUUAACAGGUACCCAAUUUGUGAUAUGUGAUUAUAAGUACGAUAAUUUCUCUGCAAAAUGGAUGAUGACAGCUUAAUCCAGAGUUCAAUUCGUCUUCACAAUGCAUUGGACCAUUUCAUUAAGCAUGUUGAUGAUUUAACAAACGAAGAAGAUCCUUCCGGAGAUGGUUUUUCGAGGGAAUACAGGGAAAUUAGAGAAAUGGGUAUUAAGGCGCGAGAGGAUGAACAGUGGCCAAGCGAAGAAGGCAAAAAGGCAUGCAAUAUUAGAAAAAAUCGUUACAAAGAUAUUCUACCAUAUGACUCAUGCAGGGUUACUUUGGAUCCAUUGCCAGGAGACGAGGGUUCAGACUACAUCAAUGCCAGUUUCAUAGAGAUCUAUGCCACUUAUCUCUCACCCCAUCUCCUAAGCAACAUAUCUCUCACCCUAACCUCAAAUGUCACUUAUCUCUCACCCCAUCCUCCUAUGCCACUUAUCCACGCAUCGAAAAAUCCACUCGACCGCUCGCAUAUGGGAGUGAAGUUGACAGUUGGGCGUGAAUGUGAUACAAUGAUGGAGCCAACAAUCAGGACCAAACUGGCAAACACUAAGAAGUCCCUGUUCACACCUACUGUUACCUGGGAAAAAGACCUUGUUGAUACAUACCUAUACCAGCUCAACAUGGUCUGCAAUGUUUACAUCGCCAGCCAGGGACCACUUAAGAACACAGUGUAUGACUUCUGGAGGAUGAUACUGCAAUACAAGGUCAAGGUCGUUGCUAUGGCAUGCAAAGUUGUCGAGAUGGGAAAGAGGAAGUGUGAAGAGUACUGGCCUGAAACUAUUGAAGGGACAAUUGAGUUUGGGGAUAUAUCAGUUACCAUGAUCUCAGAAGAUGUUCUUGGUGAGAACUGCCUGAUACGCAAGCUUAACGCCCAGCGGGAAGGCUUCAACCCAGUGCUGGUCACACAGUUUCACUACGUGGGGUGGCCCGAUCACGGCAUACCCAGCGACUUUGACAUUAUCCUAGAAAUGAUGGCCGAAAUGCGAAAAAUCAAGAGGAAGGACGCAGACAAGGCACCAAUGCUUAUCCACUGCAGUGCUGGUUGUGGUAGAACGGGCACCAUAUGCGCGAUAGACUAUGCCUGGGAUGUUUUGGGAUCAGGGAACAUGGACGAAACGUUUGAUUUAAACCAGAUUGUCAAAAAAAUGAGAGAGCAGCGACCAUCUAUGAUCCAAACACCGGAGCAGUACAUGAUGGCCCAUAAGCUCAUACAGACACUUUUCAAGAAACAUCUGGAGUUAAUGGAGGAACAUACAUAUGGCAAUUUCAAUUUUCAACAGGAUGAGGAGGAAGAUACGAUUGGCGACACAUUAAGUGUUAGUUCAUCAACUGGUCAGAGCCGUAAAAACUCAGUGCUACAGCAAGAUAUAGAAAACACACUGAAGAAAAUCACUCUUUCCCCACACGAUGGGCCACCAAUGGAGCAAGCACCAAAAGUGCCAGAUAUGCUGAUCCCAACACAAGUGUGGACUGAAAAUAAACCAGAGUCAAAACCUGCAGUUGCUGCUGUGGUGAAACCUCCACUACCAACAAAACCAUCUGUUGACCUUGUUAGUCCAACAACACACAAAACCUUUGUUUUUCCUCAGGAGACAGAAAAAUCAGCUUUUAGAAGAGAUAAGCAGCGUUCCUUCAAGGUGGAAGAUAUUUCUAACAUUCCAGAUAACUCUCAGCCACCCAAAAAAGUUGAAAUGCGCUACUUGGAGUCAUUGGAGAAGAGUGACUCAGUAGAAAAACACCUUUCUUAUGCACCUUCUGAAGCUGGAAAACAAAAUCUAACGAGCGUGAAAAACAUGUUUGACCAACCACAGACCAACAGUGAAAGUGGAUUUCCACCAAAGCUUUCAAUGUCUUUUGCAGGCACCCCAACAGAGGUUAAUCACAAAACGGACCCAAAUUUACGAAACAGUUACAGUAACUCAUACACAGGCACUAAUAACAAUAGUCCCAGUGACACAAACCAAUCUGACCUUGCCAAUAAGCGUAAUAAAUUUGUUACUAAAAUUCAAAUCGGCUCAGCAUCCAAAAAACCACCAGUUGUCCAGACUGUGUCUGAGCCUCUACCCACGUCCAACCCAUCAAAGGAUUUGUCCAAAACUAAGACGUUACCACUGAGCUCAACCAAUCCUUUCAAAGACAUUCCCCAGGCAAGCGUUUCACCAGAUACCUCAUCCCAGCUGUCGCAAGGUGUCUACUCCAUGGCCCAAGAGCCAUAUCACCCAUAUUCACCCAUAUCAAACUAUAGCUCCGGAGCUAAGCCACAAAAUCCAUAUUCUGACGUUGCAAACGAUAGUUCUUCACCAGUGUUGAAUUCUAAGCAAAAUGGUAAUGGAAUCAAUCCAUCAAGACCGUAUUCCUUUGCAGUUGAGCAUGAAAAGGGAAAAACCCAAGCUGGAAAGGACUAUUCUUAUGCAUACCAGGACCAGGAUUCAGCAGGGGGUUUAUAUACUUCAGUUGAAAAAUCAGAGAAAAAGAAAACUCCCAUUAAAGAUGCUGUAUAUGAAUCAGUGGAUUUACCUAAAAAGGAUGAUCCACCUCCAAUUCCGACCAGAGGGUAUGAAGAAGACAAUGUUUCACUGAAUGAAAAAUCAGUUCCAAAAGUUUUUAGGAGUGGAAAUCGCCACAUUUUCUUGCAAAAAUCUCAGACCUUUAAGGAGCCAAUGAGAGCAGCUCCUUGGGGACAAGGACCAAGAUUACCUCUGCGUUCCAAAAAUUUGGAAAUGUGUUGUCCGGGAAAAGUGGCGGAGGUGGAACCCAAGACACGGUUGAUACCAGUGACAUCCCAGGUUUUGGGAAGCGUAUCAAAAAGAAACCCACUGGACCAAAAGACAAACCAAAGCAUUGGUUUCAGAAAUUGAAAUCUUAGAACCGGAUAUAGGACACUUGGGCAUUUUCUGUGUUUUGAAUUUAUGUUAAGAUGAACAUAGCAUAUAAUUUAUGAUCUGAUUUAUAAUAUUUUAAUAGAAAAUGUUUUGAAAUCUGAGAUUUCUUACAGUAUAGCAAGUUUUUGGUGUUGAGUGACAUUAAAUAAAGGAACACAAAUGUUAAUGUUGGAGCUUGUGUUUGCUGUUUGUAAUUUGAAUUUUUAAUAUUGUUAUAUUUACUUUGUAUGUUUGCUGGUACAUCUGACAUGUGUUUAAAUUGAAAAGUAUAUUCAUUUGAUUGGAAUGGGUAAUUUUUAUAGUGUAUCAGUAUUUUGACGUCAAAAUCAUCUAAUUACAAGUUAUAGUGUAUUAUUCUGAAAAAGAUCGAACAAUUGAAAUGGAGUGAAUUUUUUUACUGAAUACAUUUAAUAGUUUUGGAAACUUCACAUCAUAAUUUCAAAACAAAAAAGAAUAUAAGAAGUUGACAUCUUAGAAGUUGACACGGCAAUGUUAGGUUUUUAUCUGCAAAAGAACAGUAUGCCCAUUUUGCUACAUUCCAUACUAUUUUCUGCUCAAUAUAUCAUAUCUUUUCCUAUUGUUCGUGUAUAAUUGUAUGAUCAAAUAUAUAAUAAUGAUAUCCACAUAUAGAAUUGUAUUAGUUUGUAUUUUUCUCAAUGUACAAAUAAUAAUUGAUAAUUAAUCUUGCAACUUCAGUCCGUAUAUUUUCAGUCUGAAGCUGCUAUGCAUGUCACUUCGGUUACAAAUGUAGACAAUCCAAUAUACUAAAUGGCAUGCUGCAAAAACUACUGUUACAAUUGUGUCAUGAAAUUGCACAUGAUGUUCUGUUUUUUUUUUCACAAAAUUAUCAUCAUGUUAUUGUCCCCUACCGGUUUCACCGGAGGGGACUUAUGGUUUGCGCUCUGUCUGUCUGUCAGUCAGUCCUGUCAGUCAGUUAGUCUGUCUGUCACUCUUUUCUGGAUCCUGCGAUAACUUGAAAAGUUCUUCAUAUUUUUUCAUGAAACUUGAAACAUGGAUAAAUGGCAAUAUGGACAUUAUGCACGUCAAUUCAUUUUGUUCCUACGUCAAAAAUUCUGGUUGCUAUGGCAACAAAUAAUAAUUUAAAAAAUCUGAAAUUCUGACAAUGGUGGAAAUUUCUGACAAUGGUGGAGCCAGUAGGGGACAUAUAUUGCUUGGCAAUAGUCUUGUUUAGUUUCUGCUCUUGUAGUUUUUGAAAUUAUGCUUGCAAAUUUUAAAAUGAAAGCAUUUGCAAGUAUUUUAUAUACUUAAAAUUGAAGACAGAUUACAAAGAGUCAAGUUAAUGUAGCUAUGCUUUCUUGAAUUAUUACUAUGCUUUAAUAAACAUGUUGUGAAACAACUUGUUUAAAUAAAUGUAAUUGUACUUGCUUGUCUUUUCUUCGUUACUUUUGUAUUGAAAAUACUAGAAAAUCCACUUAUUAUUAUGUAUUAUGCACAAGUAAAUAUGUAUAUAUAGUUGGAAAUAAGUUAAUAUUUAUAUGUUUUGUAUAUGAAAUUUGAUAUUAUUGUCUUACGUUUUUGUAUUUUAACAAUUUGUGCUUCAAGGUUUGGAUUUUUAUUGAAGGAUAUGUUAUAACUAGCCAGUAGUCACAGUGUUUGUACUUUUUGUCUUUCUUAGAACAUUUAAGUUCAUUCGUUGUCAUUAUUCAAUGCAGUCUACUUGAUAAAGUACUGUUGUAUAAGUUACAUGCCACAUUCUCGAUGUUGGUGUUGUUUAUGGUAAUAACUACACUGUUAAACUUAAUGUACCAAACCUUUUUAUCAUGUGUUAUAAUACAUUAUUAUUAGUUUUAUUAGCUUACUACUCAUAUUCGAAGUUAAAAUAACAAGUUAAUCAUUAAAAAAUUCUUACGAAAGUGUUUAAUUUGUAAUAAGAAAAAAGUAAAGUAUUUAUAAUUGCAAACACUUCAUGGCUUUUACCACAAAACUAUAACUGAAAUGAUCAAUUUUAGAAUAAUGGUAAAGUACAAAUGAUACUGCACCUUAAUUGUCAUAAUGGAAUAAACAUACUUGAACUACAUAAAACACUUAACCACUGAGAUACGUAUUUAACCCUUUACCACUUAGAUACGUAUUUUGACACAUUUGCAUCCCUUAGAAAGUUUAAUUUAAUUAAAGGCCUUUCUUACUUGAUCCAAGUUUUUAAAGUUUCAGUUCCAACCCUUCGAUACUGAUGAGGAGCAAACAGCAUAUAACCUGAACAGACAAUUAGUUACUCGCAGGCUGUUCUGGUUUAAUGCUGUUUGCACAUAGCCAUUUUCACUUUGCUUCUGAGUGGGAAAGGUUUAAAUGCUAAGUGAUAUGUGAGAACAGUACAGUUCAGGCCCAUGCAAUGAUGAAUUACUCUGUCUUCAAAAAAUAAAAAGUUUUCAAUGCUGUGAACCAAAAUGUUUAAGAUGUGUACAAAUUUCAGGGUAAGUGGAUUCUAUUGAAUCUUUAUCUCAAAUGUGGUACAGAAAUUUUUGUUUGCAAACAGUUCAAUAUUAAUAUAAUGUUGAGAAGUAUGUUGCUUUCAUGAAUAUUCAGCUUAAAACAUUCCGAAAUAAAUUAUUGAUAAAUCUGAAAUCAGGAAAAAAUAUCUUUAAAAAAUGACAUAACAAUAUAUUUUAAUAUAUGAAGUUAUGAAAAACAUGUGGAAAUGGCAAAAUUAUUUAUUGGAUUCUAUUGAAUCUUUAUCUCAAAUGUGGAACGGGAAUUGUUGUAUGCAAACACUUCAAUAUUAAUAUAAUGUUGAGAAGUCAGUAGCUUUCAUAGAUAUUCAGCUUAAAACAUCCCAAUAAAACAUUUUUGAUAAAUCUGAAGUCAAGACAAAAUAUGUGAACAAAAAAUGACAUACAGUAUAUUUUUAUAUAUGAAGUUAUGAAAAACAUGAGGAAAAUGGCAAAAUAAUUUAUUGAUAAAGUUAAUUAAUAUUUUUCAAAUAUUGCUGUGAACUGAUGACGUUAAUGUCUACUUUAUUAAUUAAAUAUUUGUUAUGGCUUUAUUUGAGGAUUGCCAAUUUUUAAUAAAUUCCAAACAAAACAUAAUUGGCCAUUUGGGAAAUAAUAAAUUCUUUUAACUAGGAAAUUUUCAGUAUAGCUUAGAUAGUGUGACCCUUCAGACCAACUGCAAUUGGCCUGAAUGAAUAAAACACUGAUCAGAUAACAAGUUAUUGUACAUAUUUACUUUUGUUUGAAGACAAAGUGUACACAAUUAUGUUUGUUGUUGAUGUGUUUUGCCGUUAUAAAUUGUUGACCACACUUCAUUAAUACAUUUCUAUUGAGAAUUUCAAAAACACAUGGUGCUGUGUUGUUAGCUUACCUGAGCAAAUAGUGCUCAUGGUUUGCUUAUAGGAUAGUGUGUUGUCUGUUAUUUUUCAGAAAGAGAAUCUGUAAAAAAUUUAUUUUAACAACAUUUCCUCCUGAACUGCGGCAGAAUUAAAUAAAACUUGAAAGGAACGAUCUUUGGGUUAUGCUCUUUCAAAGUUGUUCUAAUCUUUCCAGUCUGUUGCAUAUGGAGGUCACCAGAGCUAAGCAUUAAUUUUAAACUGAAAAAAAUCUUCACUGAAUCCUCAAAGGUCAUCGGUUUCAUAUCGUAUAACAUCAUAUUAUAUUCAUCAGUUUGUUCAAUUGAUGCCCCUGGGGUUGAAACUGGCAAUGCCCCAGGGGUCACAUAAUUAUAUAUACUUGCAUAGGAAAUAACGUUUAAAUCUAUGAAAUAGCAAGGGUCAGGGAUUGAAUAUUUGGUGUGUUAAAUUGACUUGUUGUCCCUUACAAAGUUUGUUAAAAUAAUGCCUAUGAGGUCAAAAUUAUACCUGCCCGGAGGGUUUCUUGUUUUUCUUGUAUGUAUAGAAUAAAAAUAUUCUCUGAAACUGCUUGGCCGAGAGGUUUGUUAUUUUGCAUAUAUUAUUGUAUGGUGGUCCUCUACCAGACUUGUUUAAAUCAUGGAUCUCGGGUCAAAACUUGUCAAGACCAAGGCACAUAACAUUAAUUUAGACUGAACUGCCUGGCCAAGAGGGUAUAUUUGGUAUUUUGCAUUUAUCAUUGUAUGGUGGAAUUUUACCAAGUUGGUUCAAAUAGUGCAACUGGGUGUCAAACUUUGCCAAGCCCCAGGUGUCAAAUUAUUCAUUAAGGACUUGUGCAUUAAACUUCAUACAAAUCUCUGAAACCCUAAGGGUAAGUGUUUUGAUAUAUUGUGCGCAACAUUGUAUAGUUUUCUACUUCUAAGUUGGUUCAAAUCAUGUCCCUCGGGGUAAAAACUAACGAUGAAUAGGAUUGAAUGAGUUAUGUAGACUUGUAUAGUAAACUCAUAUAACUAUAAAAAUCUUGUUCUCUGAAAUGCAAGUGUUAGAGGAUCAAUAUUGUGUGUGUUUGGUCCCAUUCUAGGGUCUACUUGUUUUCUUUGUAUGUUUACAAUGAAAGCCUGAGUUUGAUCUAAUACUGUCUUAGACCACAUAAAGUAAGUGUCAUGCAGAAAAAAAUAUCUACAUAAACACCAAUUUUUUAUGUUCCCCACUAUAGUAGUGGGGGACAUAUUGUUUUUGCCCUGUCUGUCUGUUGGUCCGUUGGUCUGUCUGUCUGUUUGCGCCAACUUUAACAUUUUGCAAUAACUUUUGCUACAUUGAAGAUAGCAACUUCAUAUUUUGCAUACAUGUGUAUCUCAUGAAGCUGCACAUUUUGAGUGGUGAAAGGUCAAGGUCAUCCUUCAAGGUCAGAGGUCAAAUAUAUGUGGCCAAAAUCGCUCAUUUUAUGAAUACUUUUGCAAUAUUGAAGAUAGCAACUUGAUAUUUGGCAUGCAUGUGUAUCUCAUGGAGCUGCACAUUUUGAGUGGUGAAAGGUCAAGGUCAUCUUUCAAGGUCAGAGGUCAAAUAUAUGUGGCCCAAAUCGCUUAUUUUAUAAAUACUUUUGCAAAAUUGAAGAUAGCAACUUGAUAUUUGGCAUGGAUGUGCAUCUCAUGGAGCUGCACAUUUUGAGUGGUGAAAGGUCAAGGUCAGAGCUCAAAUAUAUGUGGCCGAAAUCGCUUAUUUUAUGAAUACUUUUUUUAACAAAUAUCCCAUACGCUGUACAAUACAAUUUGCUUGUUUUUUUAAUGUCAGGUGAGUGUCCAAUGGCUUUUUUCCCACUUGUUUUUAUUGUUACCAAAAAAUCUAUUAUGGAUAUAUUCCUGUUUCGCAAUGGUUUUCUACUUUUUGAUUUCAAAAUAUAUAUUUAUAUUUUCUGUUUUCAAGCAAUACCAUUUGAAUAUGAUGUAUGUGUACAAUAAGUUUUUUCUGUAACUUUUUGUGUGAUAUUCCGGUAUAAAAUAAUUCCAUUAUUUGAUAAA